UCAAAACAAAGUUUCAUGUUAAUUGCUUAUUAGACCAAAAAGUUAUAAAUUAUGAUGUAACUCUGAAACUCGUGACUUUCUCCACUAUGGUGACUUGUUACUAAAUCAUGGCCUUUGAGACUGAUGCCUUGUUGAUUUUUAAGUAAUAAAUCGUGAUAAUCGUGAUCGUCCCAUCUCUCUGGAUUAAUAAGGCGCCGACAGAAUAACGAUAACGAUAACUGGUGCCUCUGUGAGGCUGACUUAUGGAAGAAAGGUCGGAAGAAAUGCCAGCAGCCGCCCCAGCCAACGUGAGGACAGUAUCAUUCUUACCCUGAAAGGAAGGGUUAUUGGAACUUAAAUAAAGCUAAAAGGAAGCUUAAGGAUAUUACUGGAUCGACAUCCUAUUGAAGUUCCGUAGGACAUUCAUCCCUGCGUGAUUGAGGUGAGGACUGGGGAACGCGAGAUGGGUCAAAAUAUCUCAAAAGAACAAAGAGAUGUUUAUACUAAGCUAAAGACUUUAAUAAAGUUGCAUUCCAGGUCAGUUCCUAAGCAGGAACUUAAAGAUUUAUUGCUUUGGGUUUUAAAAAACUACCCUCACAGUGAGCUGAUAACACCACUCCGUAAAUCUCUCUGGGACUCUGUGGGAAUGCAGCUUUUUGACCUUGCUACUAAAAGGGAUAAGGUUGCAGCGAGUCUUUUACCUACAUGCAGAGUCCUAAUAGAGAUAUUUAAUGAGCCUUCUACUUGUGCCUCUAUCACUGGAAUUUUAACUACGCAACAAGUACCCGUAGAGUCGCUCCCUUCGGCCGUUUGUAAUAUUGCACCCAAGAGAGGGGGGGAGGUCUGCCCACAAGCAGGAGUGCGGGAGUCCCCGGAAGCUGCUCCGGAUGUGACAGAGAAAAACAUGGAUGCUAUGAAAUCAAACCCGGAAAAUCUUAAUUUGAGGGCAGAUAUGCAAAUUCAGGAUGAAUGUUCUACAUCAGAAGAUGAAUUUGAUUUAGACUUUCAAGAGAUAAAUCGUCUUUCUCCUGCCAAAAUAUGGAAUUCCUCUUCUUCUCACAAAGAAAGGAAUUCUGGAGAGAAGCCUGCUCUGACAGACUGGAACAAUAUAUGUUAUAAACUAAUUAAGGAGGGUGAUCUCGCUGUAGCUCGUAAAUCAUUUUUAGGACUGCCGAUGAGAUAUGGGAGAGCAGGUGAGAACCCAAGGUGGAAAGCUAUCUCACAUGAUGACAUUAAGGAUUUAAGGAAGGCAGUAAAGGACUGUGGCUUAGGUUCUCCCUAUUUCAAGCUAUUGUUAAAGGGGUUUUUCAAUCAUUUGGAUUUAACACCUUUUGACUGUAGAAAUAUUUCCUCAAUGAUUCUGACUGAUUCACAGUAUUUGUUGUGGGACUGGGGAUGGCGCAGACUUCUCGGAAAAUUGAUAGAGAAAUAUGCAGGAGGUCCCAAUGCAGCUCUGAUGCUUGCACACCUGGCAGGGGACCCACUUCAUGACAGGCCAGAAGAUCAAGUAGACCUGGCAAGACCGGUCCUUGCUGAUAUCAAAGAGGCAGCCAGAAAGGCACUCCUGAAGGUUAAACCUGUGGGUAGUCCACAAGGUGCCUAUACAAAAAUAAAGCAAGGUCCAACUGAGUCUUUCUCUUCUUUUAUAGAUAGAUUGACUCAGGCUUUAGAACACCAGUGUGGCGAUGAUGUGGCACACCCAAUAUUAUUACAGAAUUUUGCUUACACAAAUGCCAAUGAAGAAUGUCAGCGAACUAUUAGAGCCCUGCCAGGGUUACAGCCAAGCCUUUCAGACAUGAUCGAAGCUUGCAGUAAAAUUGGUACUGCACAACAUAUAGCCAUGGUCCAAGCUGAUAUAUUAGGAGAAAGGCUUGAAAGAGCUAUUACCGCUCAAGCUGAAGUGCUGGAUAAAACACUCACAAAAGCACUUAAUGAUUUUACUAUGAGCAAUUUCAGAGCAGUACUACAAGCUGAUACAGAUGAAAGAACAUGUUUUCGGUGUGGUAAGCCUGGACAUGUAAGAAACUGGACAUAAGAAACUGUCUAGAGCCUAAAGAGACUACAAGAGCACCAGUUCGCUGUCCCAGAUGUAAAAAGGGAAGACACUAUGCAAACAGGUGUCACUCUAGAUAUGAUAUAGAUGGGAAUCUUUUGCCAGGAAAUGGAUUUGCGAGUUUACAGCACUGCUGCAUGAAGAAACAAAUAGCAGCAGUUCCACAGUCAAGGCUCGAACUCGCUGGAGACCAAAGCCACAUGAGCAGAAUUGUCAGAUACCUCCCAAGCGACCCUGACCUUCUGCCUCCCGGAGCAUUCUGUACCUUGGCAGCUUCCAAAUUGAUAUGUUUUGUGCAUGGUUUUCAAUAUUCAAUACCUACAGGAGUUACUGGGACAUCUGAAGAGAGGCAGGACUUUUUAAUUAUGGGCAAAGAUGCAUGUCGUAUUAUAGGCCUCGUAGUUUAUCCAACAAUUAUUUCAGCAAAUUGUCAUGAAGAGCUUACAAUUUUAGCUCAAGCUUUACAACCUCCUCUAGUUGUUCCUGCAGGAACACCACUAGCCACAGCCAUUGCAGUGCCUACCACAGCUACACUCAGAGCAAUAGAGAUGGAAGGUCAGCAACCUCUUACAGAAGGCUCAGACCUGACACCAGAGAUUCUUUGGACAGAACAUAUUGGACAUAACAGACCAACACUGACUUGCAGUUUAAUGCAUAAUAACAAAACAGUUAUGGCUAAAGGUCUGAUGGAUAUAGGAGCAGAUGUUACUAUUAUUUCCGAUUUGUUUUGGCCAAAGGACUGGAAGUUGGUGACUCCCCUGGGUACCCUUACAGGUAUAGGGGGUGCUACUCUAUGCUUACAAAGUUAAUCUGUGAUUACAGUCAAAGGACCUGAAAGAAAAACAGCAGUUAUUCAUCCUUUUGUUGUAAGAAAGCCCAUUACAGUCUGGGGGAGAGACUUGUUAACUCAAUGGGGAGUAAAGCUGGAAGUGGAUUUUUAGUGGGGGCCACGCAGGCACUCGUCACUCCUAAAUUGUAAUGGAAAACCAAUAGAGUGACCUGGGAGAAUCAAUGGCCCCUAGAAGAAAAGAAACUGAGUGCCUGCAGAAAAUUAAUACAGGAACAAUUGCAGAAAGGUCAUAUUAGAGAAACAACCAGUCCCUGGAAUUCACCAGUGUUUGUUAUGCACAAAAAGGCUUCUGAUUCCUGGAGGCUGCUUCAUGAUCUCAGAAAGAUUAAUGAAGUGAUUGAAGAUAUGGGACCUCUCCAGCCUGGACUUCCUUCUCUUUCUAUGAUCCCAAAAGAUUGGCCUUUAGUUAUCAUUGAUUUAAAAGACUUUUUUUCAAUAUGCCACUUCACCCAGACGACGCCCCACGUUUUGCAUUUUCUGUCCCAAGUAUUAAUAGACAAGAGCCCUUAUUAAGGUAUCAUUGGGUUGUUCUUCUUUAGGGAAUGAAAAAUUCACCUACUAUAUUUAAAUGGUUUGUGGCAAAAGCUUUAUCUCCAGCUAGACAAAAAUAUCCUCAAGCAAAGAUUUUACACUAUGUGGACGAUCUGUUAAUUUCAGCACCAACACAAAAAGAGAUGAAGUAAGCUUGUGACAGUGUUGUUACAGAGAUUAAAAAUGCUGGACUUGAAAUUUCCACAUCAAAAAUACAGGAAACUUCACCAUGGAGAUAUUUGGGAUGGAAAAUGACAGAGCAAGCAAUUAUGCUGCAGAAAAUACAGCUUUGAACUAAAAUUAAUACCUUGCAGGAUUUGCAACAGCUUUUGGGAGAAAUAAAUUGGAUCAGAUCUAUGUUAGGGAUCACCAACGAUGAACCUGCUCCAGUUUUUGACUUGCUAAGAGGAGACUCUGAUAUCACAUCUCCCAGAACUCUUACUCCUGAGCCUCAAAAAGCUCUUGACAGAGUAGCAGAAGCAUUUCAGAAAAGACAAGUACAUCGUUAUAUUGCUUCACAACCAUUUUUUCUUGCAGUAUUAGAAGAAAAAAUGCAGUUGUAUGGUCUUAUAUUUCAAUGGGAUGCCUCUGACAAAGAUGCUUUGCUAAUAAUAGAAUGGGUCUUUUUACCUUACAGGUCUCCAAAAACAAUGUUCACGACAAUGGAGAUGUUAGCACAAAUUAUAAUCAGAGGUAGAGCAAGGCUGUUAACAUGACAGGCAAAGAUUUUGCAAUAAUUUAUCUACCUUUGAAGAAAAAGUAUUUUGAUUGGGCAUUACAAAAAUCAGAAGAUCUGCAAAUUGCAUUGUUGAAUUAUUCAGGCACCUGUUCUAUUUAUUUGCCUAGCCAUAAGUUAUUACAGACAAAGUUAAACUUCAGAGACAAACCUCUGUUAAGUGAAGUGCUGUUAUGCUGUUAUGUGCUUUAAAUGCUGUUAUGCUAUUUACUGAUGGCUCAGGGAAGACACAUUGUUCUGUGACAGUAUGACAGGACCCAGAAACUAAAGCAUGGAAAUGAGAUACCCAAACAACAGAAAGUUCAGCACAAGUGGUUGAGCUUGCAGCAGUAGAGCAUUUCAGCUUUUUCAGGAACCUUUUGAUUACAGACUCUGCUUAUGUUGCUAAUACAGUUAAAAGAAUAGAAGGGUCGGUUUUGAAAGAUGUUAGUAAUGAUGCUCUGUGUCAUUAUCUUACAUGUCUUUAUACAAUUACACAAAGUAGAACUAAUCAAUAUUAUGUCUCUCAUAUUAGCUCACUCAUCGCUUCCAGGAUUUCUGGCAGAAGGCAACUCCAGAGCUGAAAAAUUAACAGUAGCCAUAGUAAACACCCUACCAAGUAUUUUUGAACAGGCGAAAUAGAUUCAUGCCUUUUUUUCAUCAGAAUGCAUAAGCACUUAUGUGAGUGUUUCAUCUUUCUAGAGAUAAGGCUAGAGCAAUUGUAAAUACCUGCCCAGAUUGUCAACUGGUGCAACCCCCUGUUUCCACAGGAGUGGUGAAUCCUUGAGGAGUGCAGAGCUUGCAGUUGUGGCAAACAGAUACCCAUCUUUUGGAAAAUAUAAAAAUAUCCAUCUAUCAGUGGAUACAUUUUCCCAUGUAGUUUUUGCUUCUGUACACACAGGAGAAACAGCUAGUCAUGCAUGUCAGCAUUUUUUGCAGCCUUUUGCUUCUCUAGGAGUACCUCAAGAAAUAAAAACAGAUACUGGUCCUGCUUAUACAGCUCAAAAAGUAGACACAUUUUUAAUGAAUUGGGGUGUUUGCCAUACUUUUGGUAUUCCAUAUCCUCCCACAAGUCAGGCAAUUGUUGAAAGGACACAUCAUUCUUUAAAAUGUAUUUUAGAUCAGAAAAAAGGAGAUACAGCACAGGCAAUACCACAGAUGUGAUUGAGUAAAGCCUUGUAUGUUUAUAAUUUUUUGAAUAGUUCUUCUGCAGAGCCAGAUCCUUCAAUAUUUAGGCAUUUUUCUAAUUGCACACAUGCAAAAUUAAAGGAAAAUCCUUUAGUUCUGAUUAGAAGUCCAGAAACAGGACAAAUUGAAGGUCCAUUUCCUCUAAUAACCUGGGGCAAAGGGUUUGCUUGUGUUUCUACAGGUACGGGACCCAGGUGGCUUCCUGCGAAGAACGUGAAGCCAUACCACGCGCAGAAACACAUUGACAAUUCCACAAGGAAAGAAGAAAGCACACAGACGUGAACUACACCGAGACUACAACUCAUACCUGCAAUCUCUUGUUUUUAUUGUUAAAACUGUGAACUUUGGGGUUUAUAUCAAUAUAAAGAGUGUGAAAAAAGAGAAUAUCGUAAAGCUCUUUUGGCAAAUAAUCCUCACUUUCUUGCUUUAAAGAAGGCAUGAAGUACCUUUGUGCCUCAUCAUUAGGUGAUGUUUGAACAAGAUUGAAAAAUAUAAAAGAAUAUUCUUAGAAAUUCGUUUAAAAAUUAAAAUUUAAGAAAAUAAUCUUUUGCCAAAAGAUAGCUUUAAAGAAGCAUGAAGUUUAGUCAGAAGUUAAGUUUGUUCUUUGCUUUGUUUGUUUGGUCUGCUUUUAGUCAUACAGCUUUGUCAGUUAGUCAACCUAAAACCAGUGUUUGGGUGACUUUAGCUAAUGUUUCAGGUUUAGAUACUCUGUUUUUGUCUAUUACAACUCCAGAAAAUCCAUUUUCAACUUGCUUAGUCAGUGUACCAGUAGAAAAUUGGCCAAUACCAAAAAGAGUUGAUAAAGCUGUAUGAGGCACCUUCGCUGAGUCACAGGUGUGGGAACACUAUACUCCAGCAAACACAUGGGAAUGGUGGAUGCCCUAUCUUCCUAAAGCCUCUGAUGAACCUCAAGAAUUAGAACUCCUUGGUUCUGUAAAAGUAAAAUUCUGUGUCAAAUUCAGUUCUACAGAGAACAAUCAGUCAGUAGUGAGAGAUGUCUCUCCACAUCACCCUGUGUAUAAGAAUCACACCUUUUGGUGUAAUGAUACUUCUGCAUUUCCAUCUACAUUUAGUUCUGUUCUCUUCAAUUACCACAAGGAAUAUUUUUUGUUUGUGGAGACAGAGCAUGGCCUGCUAUCCCUUCGAACAUCAAAGGUGGUCCAUGUACUUUAGGGAAGCUUACAUUGUUAACUCCUAUUAUGAAGACAAUUGCCAGCAUGAGACACAGAGGAAAAAGAUUUUUUACCCAUCAGUACGGACCAGAAUGUAAAGAUGAUUUCAAUCCACGGAGUUUUUUGCAGCAUCUCUUCUUUUGCCACCACUUGCUUCAGCAGUUGCAUUAAAGCAGUUAGAUCAGUUGGGAUGUUGGCUGAGUAAACAAUCUAAUGCUACGUCCCUUGUGUUGAGUGGCCUUUUAGCAGAUGUUCAAGGUGUGAGGCAUGCAACCUUGCAAAAUAGAGCAGCCAUUGAUUUUCUUUUGUUAGCCCAUGGACAUGGAUGUGAGGACUUUGAAGGGAAGUGUUGUAUGAAUCUGUCUGAUAAUUCAGAGUCUAUUCAUAAAAGCAUACAACAACUUAAAGAGGGUGUAUCAAAAAUAAGAGUUGAUGAUGGAACUUGGAUGGAUGAUUUGUUUAGUGGAUGGGGUUUAACACCAUGGUUAAAGAAAUGUCUUACAACAGGUCUUUACAUUUUAGUAAUAUAAUAGUAGUACUAAUAAUGGUGCCCUGUUUGUUCCAAUGUGUACAAUGGAUGAUUGAUCAAUCUAUUAAUGGAGUUGUUUUAGUGCAGAAAGGAGGGGGAGAUUUGGAAAACAGAAAAGCAGAGACUUCUACAAGCAUUAGUAAAUUUGAUUUACAGCCCUGGAAAGAACUUGGCUUGAUGUGGUGGCAAAGCUGUGCAGGCUUUAAGCAGAACAAUCAUAAACCUGUGUUUCUAUAGUUAUAAGUAAGAAAAUGUAUUGGGUGAUAUGGUGAAGGGUUUUUAAGUAUAGUAAUGUGAUUUUAUAGUUUAAGUUAAGAAUUUAGAUGUUAUAAUAGAAGUAUACAUGUGUACAUGAGCUAAUAAGUCAUUGGUUGUGGAACAGACGCAAUGCAAUAAAAAGCAGUGAAGGUGAUAAGUUAUUGUGUUGGUUAUAAAGUCAAAACAAAGUUUCAUGUUAAUUGCUUAUUAGACCAAAAAGUUAUAAAUUAUGAUGUAACUCUGAAACUCGUGACUUUCUCCACUAUGGUGACUUGUUACUAAAUCAUGGCCUUUGAGACUGUUGCCUUGUUGAUUUUUAAGUAAUAAAUUGUGAUAAUCGUGAUCGUCCCAUCUCUCUGGAUUAAUAAGGCAUCGACAGAAUAACGAAAACAACAGCUCAGGGGGAUCUUGUCUAUGUGCACAGAUAUCUGAUGGUAGGCAGUAAGGAAGAGGGAGAUUCUUCCCAGUGAUGUGCAGUGAGACCACAAAAGGCAAAAGGUACAACCUGAAAUACAGGAAAUUCUAUCUAGUCAUAAGAGGAAAAAAAAACAAACCA